UGUCAUCAAAAUUGAAAACAUGUCAAAUUUUAAUACGUUAAACAAUACAAAUAAUAGCAAAAAGAAGUAAUGUAAUUAUCUCUCAAUUGAUUUCGGAAAUUAAACAGCAUAAUUAACUCGAGACAAAAAAAAAUGAAAUGAUUAAAAAAAGACCCCACUCACUAAAAACUGCAAAAAUGCCGCUAAGAAAAAAAACAGUGAAAAAUCAAAGCAAACGGACAAAAAAGAAAGUAGUUUCAUACAAUAAUAACAAAUGUAAAGAUUUCAAAGAGCCACACUCAGCACAUACCAAACUAACCAAAAGUAUAACAACACGAAAAAAAUUUGUUUGUAAAAAAGAUCCAACAAUGUAUAAGAAUACAAUCCGUUCUUUAGGUCUUAGUCCAAAAGAAAAAUCAUAUAUAAUAUCAAGUUUGCAAAACAAAUCUACUGGAUAUUCAAAAUUAAAAGAUCUUGCUUCCAAAGCUAAACGGGAAAAUAAAAUAUUUUCCAUCUUUGGUACGUGCAACGCGGUGCGUAAAGCUUUAGUACAAAGAGGAUGGGUUGAAAAAAUUCCACCAAAUCGAUUAAACAUGUUCAAAAUAAAUAACGGUAAAAUAUCUAGCAAAACCGACGUACAUUACGAGCUGGAGAGACUUAUGCUGUCGAAUUUAGUUGAGAAAUCCAAUCCUAAUUUCGUUUGGCGCGACACUCAGCAAGAUUAUGAUACCUCUAUCGAUAUGAAGAAUGAGUGUAAAACGAUUGUCAAUAAGCUUAAAGCUGAUGCCUUAUGGACAACAAAACAAGGUUUGUGCACAUAUAUGAAGAUUAAUUACUGGUUUUACAUAGAAGACGUAGCUGAAGUGUGCUGUCCUCGAAGUUAUAAUAGUUACGAUAAUGGAGAAAUAGAAGAAUUUAUAACAGACUAUAGACUAACAGCGUGCACUAGUCUUAUACAAUGGGUAAUAUCUAUGCUUGCUAAUAAUAUCACGAUAUUUUCCGAAACUGGAACCAUACCAAUGAAAGUUAUGACUUUUGCAUUGAACAGAUGCAAAGAAUUUUUGUUACAAAAACGUAACAGAGAUAUUGAUUAUCCAAUUAAACCAGUGAGCUCAAGACAGUGGAAUGUUUUUUUAAAAAAGUAUUACCGUCUUAUAACUAACAAAGAGCUAUUUGAAGCUGAUAAGGAAAACAGACUACUUCUUUAUAUUGGAUACGCUCAAUUUAUAUUAGAAAAGAUUUAUAUUUAUCGUCCACAAGUAAGAUGUGAGGGCUAUCAAAAUAUUUGGAUUAUAAAACCGGGUCAUUGGUCAAGAGGUAGGGGAAUUAGGAUGGCCUCUAAAUUAGGUGUUAUCCUAGAACUAUUGAACAAGGCCAAUGCGAAGUACGUAGUUCAAAAAUAUAUCGAAAAACCAUUAUUAAUUCACGAAACAAAAUUUGAUAUACGACAAUAUUACCUAGUAACCAGUACCUACCCUCUAGUCAUUUGGAUGUACAAAGACUGCUACUUGAAGUUUAGUUCACAAAACUAUAACCUCGAAAACUAUCACGAAUCUAUACAUCUGACAAACAACGCUGUUCAAAAGAAAUAUAAUAAUUUUGCUGGUAGACAUCCAGAACUGCCCAUGAAUAACAUGUGGGAACUGAAUAUGUAUAAAAAAUAUUUGAGUAAGAUUGGUGGCGAUGGUGUUUGGGAACAUAUCAUUUAUCCCGGUAUGAAGAAAUCGAUUAUUGGAAUUAUGCUCAGCGGUCAAGAUUCUCUACCGUUAUGCAAGAACCGCUUUGAACUCUACGGCUGUGAUUUCCUACUAGACGAAGAGUAUACACCAUGGCUGAUUGAAAUAAACUCAUGUCCUGAUCUCACUAAUACGACGGACGUUACUGCAAAGAUUUGCCCAGCAGUUUUGGAUGACCUUAUUAAAGUUGUUAUAGAUCACACCAUUGAUCCAAAUGCGUCUACAGGAAUGUUUGAGUGUAUCUACCAACAGCCGAUGACUGUACCAAGAUUUAGUACAUCAUCAGAACUCGUUGUACGAGGAUGCGGUCUACCCAACGAUUAUUUCUUCAAAGGCAAUCUAUCAAUAAGUCAAAUACAGAAUUUGGAAGAAUCUAGUAAUGAUAAUGAGGAUGAAUCGUCUCUUAAGAAACUUAAAUCAAUAUACAGCGAGGAUGCAAUCCAAGAUCCAUUUUGUGAUAUGACCUUUGUCGACAAUAGAACAAGAGACAAAAAACUUUCUGGUUUUGUCAGUGAUAAAGAAAAUGCCGAUAAAAACGAUUCGGAUAUUUUUCCUAGUGCAAUAACAGGAAAAAGUAAAAAACCAAAAAAGAAAAAGACCUUGUACGAAACUCACGUUCUUUCAGAUUUAAAUCUAUUUGAUGCUAUUUUUAAUCAGAGUUUGAGACAAUGUCCGAAAAAGAGCAAAAGAAUUCAAAAAUCAAGUAGUCCUAGAAAUAUUAAAGACAGAAAAAACAGUAAAUCGGUUAAUAAAAACUUUGAUGGUAGUUCUGAACAAAUGGAAAAUAAGCUAAAAGAUUAUGUACUCCAAGCAUCUUCAGAUAUCUUAACAUUUAUUAGUGAAAAAGAAAAAGUGUAUAAUGCGAUGUAAUUUGUCAUCAUUCUAUAUAAACUGUACUGUAUUUAAGAUAAUAUUAUAGACCAAAACGGCUGUUAUAAAACUGAUGCAAUUUAAAUAAAACG